GCACGCUGCUGUUUCGGGAGAGAGGAGGGAAAAAAGAGAGCUCAGUUUCUGGAUUAUUUUUUUUUUUCUUUCCAAAGGGUCUUUCUCUCUCUGUCUCUUUCUCUUUCCGUCCCUGUGUCCGGGUGUCGAAUGAGCGUGGCUUUCAGCGGUGGGACACAAUGGGGCAAAGUGCCUGUGGCGACUGGGCCGUUGUCCUCCUGAGAGGGGGAGGGGGAACAGAGAAGACCGGCGCACAGAGCUAACACAGCUAGCCGGCCUCGGGCCUCUUCUACCCGCGUUCUCUUCUCUCACCCUCUCUUUCAUGCUCUCUCUCUCUCUCUCUCUUCCUCUCUCGUAAAGGUGAACAGGAGAUCUCUCUUUUCUGGACUUCUCUCAGGACGUAAAAUCUUCACUACUCUCAGGAUUAUUGUGGACUUCCUGCGGAUUUAACAUGUGUUCAGCACAGUGGAUCUCGGGACACAUUUAUCUGAACUGGAGAUUUGAAAGCUAGCUGUGUUCAUGUUUUGGGAUUAGAGUGAUCCAUUUAAAAAAAAAAAAGUUCACCUCCCUUUUUUUUUUUUUUUUUUGUUCCUUUCGGUUUUGUUCUGGAGACAGGACCCUAUAAAUGGAUUACAGGAUGCAUUCCAAGUCCAAUGAUUUGCUGGAUUUUCAGACACUGGAUGCCCUUUUGGAAAAAAUUGCACAUUAUUCCGCAGCUGUAAAAAGAGAUCCCAGCGAGGAGUGCAAUGGAAUCGGCGGCACUCUCCCUGCAGAGGCCGCGCCUGGCUCGAGGCUGAACGAGUGGUGUCCCGUGGCCCCUCAACCUCUACCCCCGCCUCCACCUCCACCUGCCCUGGUGCCCUCGCUCCAUCUGAUCAGUAUGGGUGACGGUCUGGACGCCACACCGAUGUCAGGGAGCAGCAGCAGCAGCAGUCAGGGGCAGCCCCAGCCCCAGUCUCAAGCCUCUCAUUCCUCCAACCCCUCUCCCCCUGAGGUCGCCAACACAGCACGGCCGAAGCGCCAGACCAACCAGCUGCAAUAUCUGUCCAAGGUGGUGCUCAAGACGCUGUGGAAGCACCAUUUCUCAUGGCCCUUCCAUGCUCCUGUAGAUGCCGUCAAGCUUAACCUGCCUGACUAUUAUAAGAUCAUUAAAAACCCUAUGGACAUGGGAACAAUCAGGAAACGGCUCGAGAACAGUUUCUACUGGAACGCACAAGAAUGUAUUCAAGACUUCAGCACCAUGUUUACGAACUGUUACAUCUACAAUAAGCCAGGGGAUGACAUAGUCUUAAUGGCUGAGGCACUGGAGAAAUUGUUCCUCCAGAAGAUUUCGGAAAUGCCCCAGGAGGAGAGCGAGAUCACAGUCAUGACUCCGAAGGGCCGUGGUCGUGGCAGGAGGGACCCAGGGUUAAACUUAAAGCCCCCUGGACCUGGCAGAGAUUCUCCGACGACCCCUCAGACUCGUGGCAUUUCUAAUCACGGAGCAGGGCCACAGACUAGGGGACCUGUACCAGGACCUCCAGCUCUCCCUCCACAGGUGGCUCUGCAGCAAGCUCUACCCCCUCGUGUUCCCCCUACGAUACCCCAGCUGGGUCCACCCUUUCCACUUGCCCCUUCAGACUGCAACCCUCCGGGCACCAUCAUGACCGCUGUGCCUCCCCCGACCCAGAUCGCUCUUCCUACCAUGCCCAUUCAACAGAGUCCUGCCUCGAUGCUUCAGAGCAUCAUGCCCAAAGUGAGUCCUCAGAUAUUAAAGAUGAAUGGUAGCCCAAGCCAUUUAUCGUCUAUCUUUGCCACAAAACAGCAGAGGAAAAGCCAGAAGAGGAAAGCAGACACGACGACCCCCACGGCUAACGACCAGCUGAGCGAGUCUUCUCCCGCAGAGUCCAAGUCAGGUAAGACUCUCCCUCGGCGAGAGAGCGCGCGGCCGUCUAAACAGCCCAAAAAGGAGGCGCCGGAUUCCCAGCACCACCUCGCCUACACCGCACCCGCCGGCCCCAACAGCCCCAAACUGCUGGAGCAGCUGCGCUACUGUGCCGGCAUCGUCAAGGAGAUGUUCGCUAAGAAGCACGCCUCUUACGCCUGGCCUUUCUACAAACCAGUGGAUGUGGAGACUCUGGGACUGCACGACUACCACGACAUCAUCAAACACCCCAUGGACCUCACCACCAUCAAGGACAAGUUAGACAACAGACAGUACAGAGAUGCGCAGGAGUUCGCUGCGGACGUACGGUUAAUGUUCUCCAACUGCUACAAAUACAACCCUCCAGAUCACGAGGUCGUGGUGAUGGCGCGCAAGCUGCAGGACGUGUUUGAGAUGCGGUUUGCUAAGAUGCCCGAUGAGCCAGAGGAAGUCUUUACACCCGCACCUGCCCCCGUGCUGCACCCCGCGGCCCCCGUGAAGCCUCAGCCACCCAUCGCCGCCCCCUCGUCCUCCGACAGCUCCAGCGACUCCUCGUCUGAAUCGGAAUCCUCUACCGACGACUCGGAGGAGGAGAGGGCUCAGAGGCUGGCUGAGCUCAAGGAGCAGGUGUGGAAAUCAGAGCUCAAGGCGGUCCACGAACAGCUGGCAGCCCUGUCUCAGCCCCAGGCCAGCAAACCAAAGAAGAAAGAGAAGGACAAGAAGGAAAAAAAGAAGGAGAAGCACAAAAAGAAAGCCAUCCCCGGACUGGACGAGAUCCUAGAGCCAGCUUCGGCUCUCCCGACACCGAAGAGCAAGAACAAGAACAACAAGGAUCCUCUGCCCAAGAAGACCAAGAAGCCAAGUAAGAAGGAGGGCAUAAAGAACAACCGCUCAAUUCCUCCCCCAGGGACCGCGCCUCCCACCCUGCAGCCGGGGCCCGGCCUCGACCCUGUGGAAGAGCUGACUCUGGGAGGAGGACCAGGAUCCGCAAGCUUGGUGUCGGCCGAGAAGUGUAAGCCCAUGUCGUACGAGGAGAAGAGGCAGCUGAGCCUCGACAUCAAUAAGCUGCCUGGGGACAAGCUGGGCCGCGUGGUCCACAUCAUUCAAUCCCGCGAGCCUUCGCUCAAAAACUCCAACCCGGACGAGAUCGAGAUCGACUUUGAGACGCUAAAACCUUCCACGCUGCGCGAGCUGGAGAGAUACGUUUCAUCCUGUCUCCGCAAGAAGAAGAAACCUCCAGAAAAAAACAUGGAGACCAUGAGCGCUAAGCCAAAAGGCUCAUCUUCAGACUCGGGCAGCAGCAGCGAGUCAAGCUCUUCCGACAGCGAGGAUUCUGAGUCAGGAAUGGCCUCUAAAUUGAAGAAGAGAAGUCUCUAUGCUAAAGAUGGAAAGAAAGGCCACCACCCUGUGAUAGCACCAGGUUUGGUCCAGCCUCAGAUUCCCCUCCAGCCCCAGGCUCCGGUCUUACAGCCCACUGAUCAGAUAAAACAACAGCAGCAGCAGCAACAUCCUUCUCCUGCAGCGUACAUGGCUCCUCCGGUCACGGCGCUGGAGUCGUCUCAGCUUCUCGAGAACACGCUCGACUCUUUGCCCCACUUCGGACAGCCCCUCAUGCACAUACCCCACCACGCUAACGACUCGUCCUCUCCUGCCCCGCCUCACCUCAACGCUCACACAGCAAGUGGCCCCGGGUCACCUGACACACACCCAUUCUUAAACCAGCACCCCAUCCUCCCGUCCCCAGCACUGCACAACGCUAUGCCUCAGCAACCUUCACGUCCCAGCAACAGAGCGGCGGCGCUCCCCGCCAAACCUCCGCAGCCUACGCCUCCCCAGCAGCCCCUGCAGCUCCAGCCCCAGCAGCCUCCUCCAACCCAGCACCAUCUCCCUCACCCCCUCCUGCACCCUCCUCAGCCCAUCCGCCAAAGGCCGCUGUCUCCUCCUACGCUCACCCCACAGGGCCUGCUCUCGUCACAGCCUCCUCAGUUGCUGCUGGAGGAUGACGAGGAACCCAUGCCCAUCCCGCAGGUCCUCUACAUGCAUCAACACUUGCAGGGUCGGCAACAUCAGCAGCAGCAACAGGUGUCGCUCAUGCAGUCGCUCCAGGCUCGUCAGUCACAGCCGCAGAGCCAACCGUCCCUGCUACAGACUGUGCAGGUGCAGUCACAGCUGCCUGUGCAGUCACAGCUGCCUGUCCAGACUCAGCCCCAAGCUGCUCCAGCGCACCAGCCUUCGCCGCAGAUGCCCCAGCAUGCACCCAGACACAUGCAGCAAUCACAGAGCCAGCAGCAACAGCAGCAGCAGCUGGCUUUCUCACAAGGUCCAGUGCAGACCACGCAGACGCAGCCGACGCAGCACAAGGUGGCCAUGGCUCCCAGUAAAGCGCAGCAACAGAUUAUUCAGCAGCAGCAACAGCAGCAGCAUCCUUCUCCACGUCAACACAAACCUGAUCCUUACGGCACAGGGCACCUGAGAGAAAACCCCUCUCCUCUUAUGAUGCAUUCCCCUCAGAUUUCCCAGUAUCCUCCUGUAGUCCAUCAGUCUCCUCCGCAAAACAUCCAGCCCAAAAAAGAGCAGCAGCGAGGGCCGCCAGCUCUCGGACCUCUCAAGGAGGAGAAGCAGCCGCCCUCGCCUGUGAUGAGGAGCGAGUCCUUCAGCCCACCCAUACGACAGGAACCACACAAACAGCCAGAGAGCAAGACACACAUGCCCGGCCAUGGGCAGCAGAGGCCAGACAUGAAGCCUCUGGACACUUCUCGCCCCGUGAUCCGCUCCUCCGACCAGAGCGGUCCGCCACCCACAAUGCCUGACAAGGACAAGUUCAAACAAGAGCCCAAGACGCCUGUGGCUCCCAAAAAGGUACAGGACGUAAUACUGAAGAACAUGGGCUCGUGGGCCAGCCUGGCGCAGAGGUCCACGUCUACGCCAUCUGCAGUCAAAUCCAGCAGCGACAGCUUCGAGCAGUUCCGUCGUGUAGCACGGGAGAAGGAGGAGAGGGAGAAAGCGCUGAAGGCUCAGGCAGAGCAGGCUGAGAAGGACCGGCUGCGUAGAGAGCAGGAGAAACAGCGGGGCCGUGACGAUGACGAUUCGAUGGAGGUGACUCGAAGGCCUCACGAGGAGCAGCGGAGGCGCUCGGAGCACCAGCAGCCCCAGGCUCCUCCGCCGCAACAGCAGCUCCAGGCUCCACCCCAAACACCGAACCAACAGCCCCAGACGCCGUCCGCCACGCAGCCGUCACAGGCUCCCCCUCAGUCCCCGGCUUCCAGUCAGAGCGCCCUCGACCAGCACAGAGAGAUGGCACGCCGCCGUGAGCAGGAGAGGAGGAGGAGAGAGGCGAUGGCAGCUACCAUUGAUAUGAAUUUCCAAAGCGAUCUGAUGGCGAUCUUCGAGGAGAACUUGUUUUGAAGUGCACAAGGAGGCAUAAGAGACUGCAAAAAAACAAAAAACAAAAAACAAAACUGCUAGUGGAUUCCUCUGCAUAGAGAAAUAUCAGACUGAUGAAACAGUAAGGGAAUUUUAAAAGAAUUAAAAAGACCCCAACUGAGAGCAUGAGAAAACCGAGCCACAGAGGCAGAAAUGGCACUGGGUGAGCUGAGGCCUUGACAGGACGCCCCCUGUAGCCUCAGCGGGGGAAAACACGGAGGGACCCUCGAGCUGGGACGUCUUUGCCUCUUUGGCAUUAUUCCUGGAUUUAAACCCGUAUAAGUAGCAGGAAGGAGAGGACGCUUUGUUGGGGCAAUCUUUCGCACGAAUGGGAGCAAUGCUUUGGACCUUGAUAUCAGUGGAAGUAUAUCUAAGUGACAACAGUGUAAACAUACUGAUUUUACCCAGAGUAGGCUGUUCAUCAACUGCCAGAUGUGUGAGGGGUAUCGCAUUUGUUUUUCCCUCCUUUCACUUUUUUCUCUUUAUUUUCCUGGUUUUUUUUUUUUUUUGGUUUGUUUUGUUUCUUUUAUUUUUUUGUUGUUGUUUUUAUUUUUAACACAAGCAAGCGAUUUAUGCUAACAACUCAUGAUCAUAACGUGGAACGGAGGUACACAGCGUCAUCACUGUUCACAGACCAGACCCAGGGUAUGAACAACAACAACAUCAAAAUACUACACCCAAAUACCCAGGUGUUAUCACUUUCAUUUCUUUGUUCUACUUAUCUACUGUAAAAAAAAAAAAUACUUUCUUAUUUUCUUAAAGAUUAUUGUUUUUUUUGUUUUUUUUGUUUUUUGUUUUGUUUUGUUUUUUUAAAACCUUCUUACCAACACUUAACCAUUUCUUCUGAUGUCUAUGCCAAACAAGUUCUAGUCCCUGAGACGUUUUUUUU